CGUAGUUUACCGGGAGCAAUUGCUGCUUUUGCUCAGUACACAAUUUUGCGUAGCAGAUUUUGGAGCUUUUCCACGAAUCUCUAUGUCUUUUUGACGUCCGUCGCUUCAAGAAGUAGAGCCUCUAGGACUUUUUUCACAGUUGCACAGCUACAGUCAAGGUACCAAACAUCAAGAGGGAUGGCUGCGGAAAAAGUGGAUCGCAAGCGCAAAAGAGAGACCACGGAGAUGACUGGUGGAAAGAAACAGAAGCUUGUUUCGAUACAUGAGGGAAAGCGGGAGAGGGAGGCAGGCUGGCUUGAAGGUGAAGUAGCCGCACUACGGAGAGAAGCGCAGGGUUGCAGGUUCGACAAGAAGCGGCUUCGUUUCUUGUCUGAAGCACAAAAAAUAAAACAGGGAUCAGAUGGAGUGCUCUACUGGAUGGCACGGGAUCAGCGAGUGCAAGAUAAUUGGGCUCUCAUACAUGCCCAGCAGCUUGCCAUGGCAGAAAACCUGCCCCUGCACAUAUGCUUCUGUCUGGUGCCACGGUAUCUGGACUCCACCUUCCGACAGUAUGCCUUCAUGCUGAAAGGGCUGCAAGAAGUGGCUAAGGAAUGCAGUGUAUUGGAUAUACAGUUCCACCUUCUCAGGGGUGAACCUGGGGACAUCCUGCCAGGUUUUGUUAAGGACCAGAACUUUGGGGCAGUCGUGACAGACUUCAAUCCCCUCAGGGUUCCCCUUCAGUGGGUGGAGAAUGUCAAGAAGGGGCUUCAACCUGACAUCCCAUUCAUGCAGGUUGAUGCCCAUAAUGUUGUACCAUGUUGGGAAGCGUCAGGAAAGCUGGAAUAUGGGGCCAGAACAAUUCGAGGAAAAAUCACCAAACUACUGCCAAAGUUCCUUACUGAGAUUCCACUGGUGGACAAACAUCCUCACACUUCGAAAAAAACAGCUGAGCCAGUGAACUGGGAUGAGAUCUUUUCCUCACUGGAAGUGGACAGAAGUGUAGGUGAGGUGGAGUGGGCAAAGCCGGGUACAGCAGGAGGCAUGGCCACGCUGGAGUCCUUCAUUGACGUGCGUUUGCGUCACUUCGCCACACAGCGCAACAACCCAAACUCUGCAGCCCUCAGCCAACUCUCCCCCUGGGUCCACUUUGGUCAGAUAUCCGCUCAGCGAGUGGUAAAGGAGGUGCAGAGGAGUGGUAAGAAUGCCAGUCAGUCUGUGGCCUCCUUCACCGAGGAGCUUGUGGUUCGCAGGGAGCUAGCAGACAACUUCUGUUUCUACAACGCCAACUACGACAAUGUCAAAGGAGCCUAUGAAUGGGCACAGAAGACCUUAAAAGAUCAUGCCAAAGAUCACAGGCCAUACCUAUAUACACGAGAACAACUGGAAAAUGCAAAGACUCACGACCAACUCUGGAAUGCAGCACAGCGGCAGAUGGUUUUGGAGGGGAAGAUGCAUGGCUUCCUUCGUAUGUACUGGGCAAAGAAGAUUCUGGAAUGGACAUCAUCUCCAGAGGAGGGUCUUUCAAUUGCCAUAUACCUCAAUGACCGCUACUCCCUGGAUGGUUGUGACCCAAAUGGAUAUGUUGGUUGCAUGUGGUCAAUCUGUGGUAUCCACGACCAGGGCUGGAAAGAGAGGUCCAUCUUUGGGAAGGUACGCUACAUGAACUAUGCAGGCUGCACACGGAAGUUUGAUGUGGCACAAUUUGAGAGGAGAUACGCUACUAAAAAGGCCUGAGAAGGUCACAAGGACUGAGGCACCAUUAACCAUCACCCUACAAUGUAUAGGACCAGUGCAUAGAAAUAUGGAGGGGCUGUGAUCCAGUUAAUGGUUGAAUGGCCUCCAGGGGAAAACGGUUUCCAAGGACUAGUUUGCUGUCUUAUCUUAUCUGAAUCAAGUAGCAGUGCAUCCUUAUGCUACACACAUUUUACUAUGUUCAUUGUGUUAGCCUACAAGAUGAGAGUGUUGUGUAUUUCUGUAAUUGCAUACUCAUUUUUCUUUGCUCCAGAGUCAGAUGUCUGCCAAGCUUGGUUUUCAAACAUAGUUUCUGUGUCUUAGAACAUUGUCAAGUGUUUACUUUCUUACUUUCUAUCUCAUUACCAACAUUGAAAUUUAAUAUGUGGUUUUUGUUAAUCCUUGUUUUUAUCUUAUCUUUUUUAAGGGUAAAGCGGUUA